AGUGCGAGUGCGCAUCCCAUCAAGGCGCUCAUCUCUAUCAACAGCCCACCUAUUUCGGUCCCCUUCUCAAUCACGGCGCAUACGUGGGAGAAGGCUACUUCAGUACCCCUCUAUCCUUCCACCUAGAUUUUUUUUCGAUCCAGCUCUUGCCGCCCCUGCAAACAUGGGUCCCAAAAAGAACCAAAAAAUGUCCCUCGGGACCUUCUUACAAGAUGAGAGUGAGAAUCGACGUGGAGAGCUGCAAUCCCACCACGCGCGCUGACCAUUGACAGAUUACGGCUCUUGGGCUGAUGAAAUGGAGGACAUGCCUUUACCAUCAUCUGACUCUAGACCUACCUAUGGCUCAGAACGUCGCACCUUCGGUCCCUCCUCCAGUGGAGCGGGUUUCUCUGAUCGACGAGAUGGUUAUCCUCCCCGAGAGCAACUCCCUCUUCCUACCCAGCCUCCUUACACUGCACAUCUUGCCAAUCUAUCCUUCGACGCCACCCAAGGUGAUGUGAAUGAAUUUUUCAAGGAUUGCUCUGUCACCAAUGUCCGCAUCGUCGAAGACAAACUUGACCGCAAGCCAAAGGGCUUUGGAUAUGUUGAAUUCGCCACACUUGACGGUUUGAAGGCUGCCCUGGCUCUCAGUGGCAGCAACCUAGCCGGGAGACAGGUUCGUGUCAGCGUCGCGGAGCCGCCCAAGGACCGCCAGGAUACCCGUGAUUUCAGCGACUGGUCAAGGAAAGGUCCUUUGCCUGAUGUGCCGCAAACCCAACGUCGCGUUUCAGAUCGCCCACCAUUCGCAGGUCGAAACCUAGAUCCAGCUUCAGAUGCCUCGAAUGAGCGCAACAACCGACGCGGCGCUUACGAACAAGGCGAUGGAAAAUCGCGCGAUUUUUCCAACUGGGAGAGAAAGGGACCACUCUCACCCGCUGCCCCUGCACCAUUAUCACUUCGUGAGGGUGGUCGACAACAGAGCAAAGACGGCCCUGGAGGCUUCCGCAAGAAUUCGCCCGCUUGGGGUGAAGGCAGAUCUCAGGAUGGAUCUCGUCCACCACGACGAGAUGUGGUAGACAAACCCGCCCCAGAACGUCAACCCACGGCAUCUGAGCUCGACAACCAAUGGCGGGCUAGAAUGCGCCCUGAUGCUCCAGCCAAGGCCCCAACUCCAGAGGCAAGCGAGCCCUCUUCUCCGGCUCCAUCGGCUCCGGCUAUGCGUCCUAAGCUCAAUCUGCAAAAGAGAACCGUUUCCGAGGCUGUCGAACAAGUGCAAUCACCCCCAGCCGAUUCGAAGUUUAGCCCAUUCGGCGCCGCACGGCCAGUUGACACCGCCACUAAGGAGAAAGAGGUCGAGGAAAAGCGACAGCUUGCCCUACGGCAAAAGAAGGAGGCAGAUGACAAAGCUAGAGCCGAGAAAUCCGAGGAAAAGCGCUUAGCAAGAGAAAAGGCCGAAGCUGAGAAGGUCAAGGAGCCCUCCAGCAAAGAGGAGACCGCGGCAAAGGAUGAUGGGGAGACCAAGGAUGAAGAAACCGCACAGCCGACCCCCAAAUUUGAUGUUUUGCGCCGAGCUGGCACCGAGUCCAAUGAUAUGGUUGCCGACGACGAUGUUGACGACGAGACUGAGACGCCACAGCCGACAGACGACAAAGCAGUGAAGCCGCGAGAGGUAGUCCGAAACACACCUAGCCGAGCCAAUGGAUCUUGGAGAGGACCCAAGCCUACCCAGGGAAAUGAGAGCACCACCGCAGCUGCUCUGGAAGAAGAUGGCUGGAGCACCGUGUCGAAACCGACCAAGCAGCGCAAUAACCGCCGCAAUGCGGCUCCUCGAGCGAUUGCCUCUUAAUCGGACACGUAUCCCCAGCGACGUCUGCCUGCAUAGGAUGGCUUUUACGAUGUCGACGAUGGGAUGAACAAUUUUGACCAGCGUUGCAUUGUGUCGAACCAUGUGUGGUAGACAUGUGAGCGACGAAGACCAGACAUGUUCACCUGUGCGAUUUUUGGCUACUUCCCCGCUCGAACCUCCUCUGUAUCACGCUUCUCAUGGAUUUAGCUUACGUCUUCAGCAUCACGGAGUUGGGAAAAAGUAUGGGAUUGCGCCUGGCUGUCAACGGGGGAAAAUGGUAGGCCGCCCCGCGGCAACCGCGCUGCUGCUGCGGACAGAGCCAGACUGUGCAGUGAUGUCCAAGUUGAAAAAGCAAUCACGCUUCGCCUGUGUACUUGAGCUGCAUGCUCUUUAGAUGGAUCAUAGAAAACAGAUCACCUUACAAAGCACAGGUAUCUUUUUGAUUUGCUGUGGCAGGCAAAAAUGUCGCCUUUUGAGGCAGCCAUUGCUUCAGCUGUGACACCAGAUGCGGCCACUCCUGCUACAGGGCCAUGCAUCCUGAGCUACCUACAGGAACUUCCGCCUUGAGCUUACACGGCACAUCUGUAUUCUAUUAUCUCAACCAUUUCAGGGCCUGAAGUUAGACAAACGCAGAGAAAGGCCUUUAUGUA